UAACCAAGUAUCAUUCCUUGAAGUUAGUCAGCGAAGAUUUUGAAACAAUGUUCAAAUUAGUGACUCUGUUAGUUUUGGCGACAAUCGUCGCUGAUACAUACGGUCAGCGUUUUAUUCAUCCAACGUACAGACCACCACCAACAAGAAGACCAAUCCUUCGCACAGUUCGAGACACGGGAGAUCAACAGCCAUUAUGGUUGUAUCAGGGCGACGUGCCCCGAGCACCAGCGACUGGCGACCACCCUGUUUUACCAACUUAUAUAGACGAUGUUAAGCUGGACCCGAACAGGAGAUAUGCUCGCAGCGUAGACUCGCCGAGUGCUAGAAGAUCGGGUGGAAGUCAUAAAACGUCUAGUAGCAGCCGAGAUACUGGUGCAACGCAUCCAGGAUAUAAUCGUCGUAACGCAAGGAGCAUCAGGAAUAAUUUUAUGCCACGCCCUUCAAUGCCUCGACCGACUGGUCCACACAACCCAUUCCCUCGUCCGGGAGGACCAAGACAGACUUAUCCUAUCUACGCCAACAGAGGUGGACGACGUGAUGUGAAUUUUCCUGAAUUAAAAAAGCCGACUCACCAUGAUGUUGUCAUUCCAAACUGGAAUCCAAACGUAAAAACCCAGCCAUGGCAAGUUAUACGGGUAAAAGCUCGCAAUAAGAGAAGCUUCGAAGCUUUGUCUAGCCAGGAAAACGUAUAUCGAAGCCCUAGAAGCGUAGAGGCACUAUCUAGUCAGGAAACUGUUCUUCGAAGUCCUAGAAGCGUUGCAGAAAUGUCAAGUCAACAAGUCGAGGCACUAUCUAGUCAGGAAACUGUUCUUCGAAGUCCUAGAAGCGUUGCAGAAAUGUCAAGUCAACAAGUCGAGGAAUUAUCUAGUCAGGAAACUGUUCUUCGAAGUCCUAGAAGCGUAGCAGAAAUGUCAAGUCAACAAGUUGAGGCACUAUCUAGUCAGGAAACUGUUCUUCGAAAUCCUAGAAGCGUUGCAGAAAUGUUAAGUCAACAAGUCGAGGCUCUAUCUAGUCAUGAAAGUGUUCUUCGGAGUCCUAGAAGCGUUGAAGAACCUCAAAAGGGUAUGUUUCGCUUUGGCUAGGAGAAACGACAAAAGGUCUAACCAAUCAGUGGUUUAGCCAGUGUUGAAAGUAAUAUAUACCCCAGUGUCGGCAAAACUUAUCAUUAAAAAUAUAUUUAUGCAAGUGAGAUUUGAGGACAAUUUCCAACAGUAGUGACUUGCUAAACUCAUUGUAAUUAACAUUAUAUAAUUAAAUUAAAAUAUUAUUUUCAAUA